AGGAAGGGCAGGCGGGAGGUGCGGGCCGCACUGGACACUCACUCGCUCGGGGGAUUGUCUUGUGAGUGGUUAUAAACGCUGACGGGAUAUCUUAUACCACACCGCCAUGGCUCUACACUUCACCUCGGGGGUGCUGGUGGUCGUCCUGCUGGUCGUCUCAGGGUCGAUGGUUAUGGGUCAAAACUCCGAAGCAACUACAGACCCUUCAAAUAUGAACACUACCUCCUCCACCUCGGCAGCCACCAUCACCACCCCCACCACCGCCACCACGACUACGACCACGACCACAACCACAACUCCUGAAACUUCAGUUACAACAGAUACUACUGAAACCACUACAGAAGCCAUACCAACCACUGAACCCCCAUCCACGUCAUCUGAAGCUGCUCCUACCACAACUGAAGAGCCUCCUACAACUACGGAAAGUCCAACUACACCAGUCCCAGAUUCAAAGUAUACAGUGAAGGAUGGUAAUCUAACCUGUGUAAUGGUGGAAGGUGAAAUUUCUUUCACUAUAAACUAUCUUACUGCAAAGAAUGAAACUAAAGUGGCAAAAGUGAAGGUUCCUGAACAUGGUGGUAAAGCAAGUGGUACUUGCAACGGAGCUGAUGGCACCCAGUCAAUCACUAUCUCCUGGACUGAAGAAGAGACUUCUAGCACUACCUUUACCUUCAGCAAGUCAAAUGAUAAUUGGUCAAUUUCUUCUUUCACGGCUUCUCUUUACUUGAACAACAAGACCUUCUCUGACUCUGCAAUUGCUGGAAAGAUGAUGGAUUUGGUGAUCUACUCUAGUCUAAAUCCCUUCGAUGUAGCAGUUAACUUCAGCUUAAACUGUCACUCUACAAUCUCUACCUCAAAUGUAACUGGUACUGUGGAGAAAGAAGAAUACGACUUGCCAUUGUCCUCAUCAUUCAGUCAAAUCCAUAUUGAAGCUUUCAACGAAAUUCAAAAUGAGCCAGACUUCGUUGCUUCUGUUCACUGUGCUGCUGACAAAACUUCAGACAUUGUUCCGAUUGCUGUUGGAUGUGCUCUUGCUGGCCUUGUUGUCAUUGUAUUAAUUGCAUACUUGGUUGGUCGUCGUCGUCGCUCUGGGGCCUAUCAGUCAGUCUAGGCAAACGAAGGUGGUUCUGAAUCGAGUAGUGACUAAUUUGGCCAUAGAUGUUAAAUACAUUAUGGAUGACCUUCCUGUGAUAGUUAAUGUGACAUUGGGGAUAAUUGUCAGUGAAGUAGCUUGAUGGCUAUGAAAGAAUUCGGUAAAUACUGUAAUUGCCUUUUUUUUUUCUCUAGGCAUAUAAAAUGUCUAAUCUUUGGACAAAAGCACAGGUUGUGGUAGAGAAUACGGAACAUAUUAAAGCGACUUUAGAAGCAGAAUGAUUUGAUGUAAAUACUUAAAAGUUGUUUUAGGUAUAUCCCAAAUGGCCCCCCAACCCUCCCCUGAGUGAUAUUUUUAUAUAUAUAUUGGUGUCAUUCCGUUUAAGCCACGAUUGUUGAAAUAUACUUCUAAAUAGGCUUAGAUCUGAUUUCCAUAGUAAUAAUUUCAAAUUCAUAUAAUCAGCCAUUUUUAGCUUGUACAUUUUAUCUUUUUGAAAACAUUUGUGAAUGGUGAUGUUGAGUAAACAGGAACUUGUUUUAUAUAUGUACUGUACCAAAGUGAACAUUGAUAAAUUAAUGGUGGAAUGGAUAGUUCUUGUAAAUAUGCUUGUGCUAGUCUUUGACCAGAUCUUUAUUGCUGGUUUGAAUUAUUGGAACAUAAUGGCUGGUCUAGAAUUAUAUUUGCCAGUGCUGGGUAUUUGCAGGGCUUAAAUUUGACACUAUAGAGUACUGUUGAUUUGAUAAAAUGUAAAACAAUGUUAAAGGUCUAAACAUUCAUCCUUGCUUGCUUGACCAGACUUGAACAUGCAGAAAGUAAACAAAUGAGUUUUUAAUAACAUCCAAUAGUAGCAUGGUUGAUGUAUACUGGGCUGUAAAUUUCUGCAGUUAAAUGGUAGUCUAAACAUUCCGUGGAUAUAAAAUUAGUCGGGCCUAAAGGAACAGUUUGAUGGCACACCUGAUCUAGUCCACAAACUACACUUCAGUGGUGUUCUUUUAAUCCCAUUACAGUAGUUCUGAAAUGUAACUAACUUAUUGGCUAAAACUACCAUGGUUUAUUUAAAUUGAGGAACCUUAGGGCAGUGAAUUUGUGUACAAAUUAAUCUAGAAUUAGUUCUGAAGCUUGCAACACUUGUUAAUGUACUUGAAAGUAUACUGCUGCCCAGGGAAUUUGAUUGUUAUGGAUGCAAGUAUUUUACCAUGUGAAGUUUGUAAAUUUUUUUCCACUUAAAGACAGAUUAAGUU